AUGAAUUGUAUAUGUUUCCUAUGGUUUUUUAAAAAAGUACUAUCAUCAAAUAUUAAUACACGUGAAGGCUUUUGUCUUCUUAAUAAUUCUAUAUUGAAGGAUAAAUAUAAUGAUGAAAAAAUUCAAAAAGAUUGUAAUAAAAGAAUGAGAAUUGAAAGAGAAUGUGAUAUGACUGUUGACUCAGAUGAAAGCAUUAUAGAUGUGGGAAGUGAAGAGUUUGAAAUGAAAGAUUUACAAAAUGUUUAUAAUAACAAUAAAAAACUGAAACAAGACGAUUAUAUAGAUGAUACCACUACUACAAGUCUACGAAGUUUUAAUAAUGAUCUAAAAGACACUCGUGAGAAUGAUUUAACAAAAUCUAGUUGUUCAGAACCGUUAGACUUAAGUUGUAAAUCUAAAAAUAAUCUUGUUUGUCUACGCUCAGAUGCACUACCACUUAACAAUAUAGUUGUAUAUAAUCCUACGAGAGCAAAUACUUUUGAUAAAAAUGUAGAUUUAAAUUUUCUUGAAACUUUAAAAAAUAAUAAUGGUAAUGUCGUAAGUUCAUACGCUAUUAUUGCCAAUACAAAUUC